UUCAGCUCACAGCAGUGUCCAAGCUGGCGGUCUCAGAUGGCGACCUCUGACAAGAUAACAGAUAACUUUCUGACCUGUACAAUGUGUACAGAGGUGUCUGGCGAUCUAUCCACACUUGAGUGUAAUCAUGCCGUCUGUCAGAAAUGUGUUAUCGACUACACCAAAACCAGGCCAGAAACUAUCAGUGAAAAGGUCCAACUAUGUCCCAUCUGCUAUGAGAUGAUGAAAGUGUCUGAUCCUGAGAGACCAGUGGAGGAGUGGGCGGAAGACGUCAUGCCAAGUUCUAUCAUCCACAGAUUCCCGGACUCGGACACAGAAUCUGAAAAUACAACAUACUGCCGUUAUUGCAAGGAGGAAGGGGAGACAACUCCUGCUUCAUGUUGGUGCUCUGUCUGUGACGACGCCCUCUGUGAACGAUGCGUACGGAUGCACAACCGGAACCCAUCCUCCCGUCACCAUGAUGUACUUGACAUGCCCAGAGAGCUCAAGGUCAAGAUAAUGGGAAGGGAGUUGUGUACAGAUCACAAUGAUGAACAUAUAACACUCAUCUGCAGAAAUUGCACGAAAGCAGUUUGUCAAACAUGUCGCAUUACUCAUCACCAAAAAUGUGAAGACGUUGUUGAAACUGAAUCUGAAAUCUCUGCAUUGAAAUCAGUACUGACAAGUAAACAAGAAAAUUUGUUGAGGAAACGUGAAAAGAUGCAGAUGCUGGUUGAUAAACAGAAGAAUGCGUCCAAAGAAGAAUCCGAACGUUGUAUGCAAAUAGAAUUAGGCAUCAAGUCUGCUUCUAAGAAAGCAAUGGACCUGAUUAAACGCAAGGAAAAGAACCUUCUCAAUGAUCUGAAAAAUACGUCUGACAAAAACACCGAGCAGUUAAAAGCAGACAUAAAGUCAGGGGAGAUGUCAAUACAGCUGUACCAACAACAGGCGGAGCUGAUAGACCAGGUUCUUCAAUCUGAGUCUGACCUGGAUGUGUAUGAGAUGUAUCGGGGAUAUGACGCCGACGAUGUAGAGGAUGUCGAGGAUGCAGACCUCAAGAGAAGAGUAGCCAGGAUCAUGUUCCGACAGGACUCAUACAAGCUGAGUCAAACUCUGGACGAUCUACAGCUGGGUGGGAUAGACGUUCUGUAUGAGAGUGUGCUGGACAUGAAGGCAACUCCUGUGUUUCAGGACAUCCUUACCGUCAGAGUUGGAGACACUGUAGAAGCUGAUCCUAUAGACGUCACAGUGCUUGUCGUGAAUGGCAUAGAUACAGUCGUAGUCACAGACUACGAAAACAAAAGUGUGAAGUCCUUCUACACCAAAGACAACCAGAAAUGUCACAGCAGGCUUUUUCUUGGUCAGGUGGGCAGACCGUGGUGUAUGGCAAAGGUAAAGCACAGCCAACUUGCUGUAACCGUUUUGGGCAUCAGUCAGAUUGUAACAGUUGAAGUCAACCCUGACCUGGUACUGUUGUCAACCAUCACAACCAGAAAACAGUACUAUGGCAUUACGUCUCUGACACCAUCAACACUAGCAGCGGGUUCCCAUUCCCCUCCCUGUAUUGAUAUCCUGGACGUAACUGGGCACGUGCUGAGUUCAAUCAGUCCACUUGUAAAUGGCUACCCCGUUUUCAAAUUUCCAAACUUCCUGUUUACGACAAGGACAGGGGACAUCCUUGUGUCCGACAGCGGAUCUAGGUAUGUCGUCUGUCUGACCAACAAGGGAGAUAUAGUGUUCACCUACAGCCCUUCAGGAAACACGUCACUGAAGUACCCACGUGGGAUCGCAAGUACCAUUUCAGGUGAUAUUCUGGUUGCAGACUCCUUCCUCCACAGAGUCAUCCAUCUGAAUGACUCGGGGGAGUUUGUUAGGAACAUUAUGACAUCACAAGAUGGCAUUCAGUAUCCCUGGGGUGUUUGUCUAGAUGGGUGCGGUUGUUUGUAUGUGUGCUUGUCAAGUGAGGUUAAGGUUUAUGCGCUGCACUAAUGCGAGUGUAGAUGGGAUAAUGACAAAAUCCUUUUAAUGAACUGCAUGUGAUUGUCAUUUUGAACAGCUGAGCAUUUGUGGAAGGAUUGUACAAAGUAUUAUACUACCUUCAAGUUCUUUUUCUUCACUGGGUGUUGGGUCCAUACUGUCAUACACGUCAUACACUGGUAUGUUUUUUGUAUGCCAUUUUGCCAUUGGGUUAAAAAAUAAAGACUCUCUGCAGCAAA